AUGUCGAAAGAUAUUGCUUCCAUGAGAGAAAUACAACACAACCGACAACUCAUUAUGCAAGCUCUAAAUAAGAACACAACAAACUUUUCAAACUAUUCUAAGAUAUCUGAGUCAUUGAAAGAAGGAAACUUAAAACUGACAUUAAACCCAAUGACAGAUGAGUUUCUGUUUCAAGACAAGAAGAACAAUACUGUCUGUAUAAAUCCAACAAAAGGAACUUUAAACGAGAAACCUAUAAAUGAACUUCUUUUGAAAGCAGAUAUUGACAACAAAGCUGACAAAGAAUAUGUAGACGAUGCAAUAGCAAAAGAAGAAGAAAGAGCUAACAAUGCUUAUGCAACAAAAGAACAUACUCAUCCUGAACUAGCAGACAAAACAUAUGUUGACAAUAAAAUGUCAAGUGAAGUGACAAGAGCUGAAAACGAAUAUGCUAAAAAGACUCAUAUACAUUCUAUAUCUGAAAUAACAAACUUACAAGAAACCUUAAACAGGAAAAGUGACGUUGGACAUACACAUACCAUUGCAAAUAUUACAAACUUACAAGAAACCUUAAACAGGAAAAGUGACGUUGGACAUACACAUACAUCUUCUGAAAUAACAGACUUAAACGUUAGCCUUGACAAGAAAGCAGACAAAACAUAUGUCAAUGAAAUAUACCAAAGUUUGCUAGGAACAAACAAUAUUGAAACUAUUGUUGGUGACUUUUCUGUCUAUGAAGAAAACAAAUAUUUUAGAUGGGAGUUUGUACACUCCUUAAAAAAUGGUAUACGGUAUAAACUCAUUCCGAAAAAUAACAAUGAAAUGUAUGUAAGCUAUAUAAAGAAUGAUGGUACACAAGUUAAAGUUCCAUUAGACAACAACUGCUACUUAAACUUAUAUGGAGACGAACAAAAGAAAUAUUUAAGAGUUUAUGAAAUGGCAGAUAUGACAUUGCCUGACCCAGCUCCAGCACCAUAUUAUUAUGACUAUGUAGAUGACGGCGGAGCACUACAUGCAGAUGAACAAAAGCAAACAUUAUAUUUAGAUUAUUAUAGAUAUAAAAGAUAUAAUGCAAUAGAAAAAACGAGAAUAGUAUAUUAUUAUAUAGAUGACAGAAAUAAAUAUUAUAGUCAAGAUUUUACCCACCCUGAAAACAUAAGAUUAUAUUAUAAAAAAUAUUCUGACACAAACCAGAAGAAACCUGAAAUA